ACCUGCACGACCCGCACGACGACCCCGCGCUGCUCUGCCCAACAUGGACGCGGAUCUCAUCAGACUUGUGAAUCAGCUGCAGGAUACGUUCGCCAACUUGGGCGGGGAGCUGGACAUGCCCCAGCUGGCUGUCGUGGGAAGCCAGUCUGCGGGAAAGUCCAGUGUUCUCGAAACGAUUGUUGGCCGAGACUUCCUCCCCCGUGGCUCGGGUAUCGUAACCAGACGACCACUCGUCCUCCAGCUCAUCCACACCCCCGUGCCCGACUCGCCAACACAGACGUACAGCGAGUGGGGCCAGUUCCUGCACAUCGACAAGCGUUUCACCGAGUUCGACGAGAUACGGCGCGAGAUCGAGCAGGAGACGUUCCGGGUCGCUGGGCAGAACAAGGGCAUCAGCAAGCUCCCCAUUCAUCUUCGGAUAUACAGCCCGAACGUGCUGGACCUGACAUUGGUGGACUUGCCCGGAUUGACGAAGAUCCCGGUAGGCGAUCAACCGGGUGAUAUCGAACGGCAAAUUCGCAGUCUCGUCGUGGACUACAUCUCAAAACCUAACUGCGUCAUUCUUGCAGUAUCUGGGGCCAAUGUUGACCUUGCGAACUCCGAGGCUCUCAAGCUUGCACGACAGGUCGAUCCCCAGGGCCGCCGUACGAUCGGCGUGCUCACGAAGCUUGACCUCAUGGACGCGGGCACCAACGCGCUCGACAUUCUGACUGGGCGCGUGUACCCGCUGAAGCUCGGAUUCAUUGGUGUGGUCAACCGCUCGCAGGCCGACAUCAACGCGGAGAAGUCGCUCGCAGAUGCACAUGAGGCGGAGGAUGACUUCUUCCGUACGCACCCGGCGUACCGCAACAUCGCGCACAAGAACGGCACGCGUUACCUCGCGAAGACGCUGAACCAAGUGCUGAUGAACCAUAUCCGCGAUAAGCUGCCCGACAUGAAGGCGCGCUUAAAUACGCUCAUGGGCCAGGCGCAGCAGGAGCUCAACUCGUUCGGGGAUGCUGCGAUAUAUGGCGACAAGAACCAGCAAGGAUCGCUGAUCCUCCGGCUCAUGACACAAUUCGCGCGGGACUUUGUCGCGUCUAUCGAGGGCACGAGCGUCGACAUCUCAACGAAGGAGCUAUCUGGCGGCGCGCGGAUAUACUACAUCUUCAACGACGUCUUCGGCCAAGCACUUCAGUCGAUCGACGCGACAUAUAACCUCGACAACCAGGACAUCCGGACCGCGAUCCGUAACUCGACCGGCCCCCGACCGAGCUUGUUCGUGCCCGAGAUCGCCUUUGACCUGCUGGUGAAGCCCCAGAUUAAGCUCCUGGAAUCACCGAGUUUGCGAUGCGUGGAGCUCGUAUACGAGGAGCUUGUCAAGAUCUGUCAUAACUGCACGAGUUCUGAACUCCAACGAUUCCCAAGGUUACACGCCCAGCUCGUAGAGACGGUCUCCGAGCUACUCCGCGAACGCCUUGGCCCAACAACGGACUACACGCAAAGCCUCAUCGACAUUCAGACAGCGUACAUCAACACCAACCACCCAGCAUUCAUCUCUGGCUCAGCUGCCGCCGCUACUGCGCUCACCACUCCGCCCCCGAAGCAACUCCUCCCACGACCUUCACAGCCCUCCCACCCGGAAUCAGUCAACGGUGCCGCCUCCCAGGACGACGAGGACGAGUCCAACGAGGAGCCCUCUGCCAACGGCAUUUCGGGCCGGGACGCCCGCUCCGUCUCCUCGACGGUUCACGAUCGCUCGCGAGGCGCUGCCUCCGCGCCCCCAACCGCGCCAGGGGCCACGAACUCCUCGCAUCGGCACCAUUCGCCUACUGCGCACCGCCACACGUCGCGGCACGCAUCGGGCUCAGCGGGCGCGCAGGGGACGUUGACGCAUAACGCGAACGGGACCGCGAAGGAGACGUUCCUCAACUACUUCUUUGGGCAGAACGGGCCGGGGCCGCUUGCGGGCUCCACCGUCGACCGCGCGAACACGGGCUCGAGUGGCCAUUCGUAUGUAGGCCGGGACGUGUCUGGGUCGGAUCCCGCGCUGGAGUCGGGUCUGAUGGCGGGGAAACGGUCGAUGGAGGGCAACGCGGCGUUCGACAUGAAGAGUCUCGGGAAGCACAUCGAGGCGGCGACGGACAGCACGGGCCACAUGUCGAUGCGGGAGGAGAUGGAGACGAACCUGAUCCGGUCGCUCAUCCAGUCGUACUUCGGCAUCGUGCGCCAGACGAUCCAGGAUCUCGUGCCGAAGGCGAUCAUGCACCUGCUCGUGAACAACACGUCGCAGCAGGUGCAGAACCGCCUCGUCGCGUCGCUGUACAAGCCCGAGCUAUUUGGCGACCUCCUGAACGAGGACGAGACGCUCGUCGCAGAGCGUGCGCGCGUCAAGGCACUGCUCGACGCGUACCGCGAGGCGUUCAAGACGCUGUCGGAGGUCACGCUGAAGUCGACGUAGCGGGCGGAUCGUGAGGACACGCGGGAACGCACGAUGUUCGCUUUCGACACUAGAAUUUGCUUUGUCGUAACCACCCUUCAUUCCAGUCUACACCGUACCAUACAUCUCCAACUUAGCCAUGUUAUUGCCAUGCAUCUCUCCGCCGAUCGUUGUAUUGGGUAAUGAAAUGUGCACGCACCAUGAAUCCGCC